AUGGAUGGUUUUUUAAUUGGUUUAUCAUCUGCGAGUGAAGUUCAAAAUCAAAAUACACCAUUGUUAAAAAAUUACAGAAAAGAAAAUCAGGAAAAUUCUGAUACUGAAAGUUUAGAAAAUUUAAAAAUGAAAAAUAAUUUGUUUAAGCCUAUAAGCACAGUUACGACCACUCCGCCUAAACAGUUUACGAAUGGUCAAAUUACAGAUACCAACUUACGAAAAGUAACUCCAUUAAAAUUAAAUUUUACAAAGAAUCAAUCAUCAAGCUCAGAUAUAAAUAUCAUUCAAAGUAAUAAUAUUCCCUCCAGUCCUUCAGCAUUUGUUGAAACGAUACAAAAUACUGAAAAGGAAUAUAAAUGUUCAUCGAAAAGAAUAAAAUUAUCAGAAGAUGAAUUUACCAAUGGUGAUGUACUAAAAAGCAUUACAAUAAAUAAUAAAAAUGAUAUUGACGAAAAGCUUUCACCUGAACAAGAUAUUCUGAAAAUAAAUGAUAAAACUAAUAUAAUUAAUGAAAAUUUAUUAUUAUUUGAAAAAGAAGAAUUUAAUGAAAAAAAUGAAGAAAAUGAUUUAUUCGAGACUCAGGAUUACUUAAGCUUUAAUCCAAAAAUUGAAAAUAAGCUAAUAGAAGAACAGAAACGAAUCGAAGAAAUUAUAAUGCAGAAAAAAAGAUAG